CCCAUGAAUUGCGCAACUACUAUUCAACUUCAUGUACUUCGUCCAGUUUCCAAAUCAAAACCAAAGCCAAACCAACUUCUCGUCUCUUUUAAUACGCCAACGACUCCUCUCACAGUCCAGAAACUCGCUUCAUCGCUAACUCCAACACAACCUGCUCUAUGGACACGCCAUUGAUCGACGGCGACUACCCGCCUGUGAGAAGCGUGGGGGAGGCGAGGCGGGUCUUCUGGAAAGAGACGUCCAAGUUAUGGAAGAUAGCGGGGCCCAUUGCCUUCAACAUUCUGUGCCUCUAUGGCACCAACUCGGUCACCAACAUCUUUGUCGGCCACAUCGGGGAAGUGGAGCUCUCCGCCGUAGCUAUCGCUCUCUCUGUCAUCGGCACCUUCUCUUUCGGCUUCAUGCUUGGUAUGGGGAGUGCCCUGGAGACGCUUUGUGGUCAAGCUUUUGGUGCCGGACAAAUCUACUUGCUCGGUAUUUACAUGCAACGAUCCUGGAUUAUCCUCUGGGUCUCCUGUAUUGUUAUCUUGCCGAUUUACGUAUUUGCUACCCCGAUUCUAAAGUUCCUAGGACAAGAAGAUGACAUAGCUGAUCUUGCUGGAAAAUUCACUGUUUUAAUCAUUCCCCAGUUAUUCUCAUUUGCCUUCAAUUUCCCAACGCAAAAGUUCCUUCAGGCCCAGAGCAAGGUUAGUGUGCUUGCAUGGAUCGGGUUCGUGGCUCUAAUAAUACACUUGGGGAUGCUUGGUCUUUUCAUAUAUGUAUUCGGUUGGGGGGUAACUGGUGCAGCCAUUGCACUGGACAUCACAGGUUGGGAGAUCGCCGUGGCUCAGGUUGUCUAUGUUGUAUUUUGGUGCAACGAAGGGUGGAAUGGAUUGUCUUGGUUGGCUUUCAAAGACAUUUGGGCCUUUGUUAGGCUCUCACUUGCAUCGGCAGUGAUGCUUUGCCUAGAAAUUUGGUAUAUGAUGAGCAUAAUAAUUCUUACCGGUCACCUUGAUAAUGCUGUGAUUGCUGUCGGUUCCCUCUCUAUUUGCAUGAAUUUCAACGGGUGGGAAGCCAUGCUGUUCAUUGGAAUAAAUGCAGCUAUAAGUGUUCGAGUUUCCAAUGAACUUGGACUGGGGCAUCCAAGAGCUGCAAAAUACUCUGUUUAUGUGACAGUACUUCAGUCUCUACUCAUUGGGAUUUUUUUCAUGGUCGUGAUCCUAAUAACUAAAGAUUAUUUUGCCGUCAUUUUCACAAGCAGCGAAGAUUUACAAAGAGCUGUCUCUCGUUUGGCAUUCCUUCUUGGCGUGACCAUGGUUCUUAACAGUGUUCAACCUGUAAUUUCAGGCGUUGCUGUUGGAGGUGGUUGGCAAGCAUUGGUGGCUUAUAUCAACUUGGGUAGUUAUUAUGUUUUUGGGCUUCCACUUGGAUUCCUUCUUGGUUACACAGCAAAAUUGGGAGUGAUGGGACUUUGGGGCGGCAUGAUAUGCGGAACUGCUCUACAGACUUUGCUACUCUUGCUUGUACUGUAUAAAACUAACUGGAACAAGGAGGUUGAACAAACCACGGAACGCAUGCAGAAGUGGGGUGGCCAAGAUAUCAAAACCGACAUGAUACCUGAUAAUGUGUGAACUUGCUUAUUAUAUAUAAAAUUGUCUACUCAUUACUACCGAAAUAAUUUUCGGUGCCUCAAGUGACCCCAAAAUUGCAUGCCAUUCAUUCAAUUUGGGUCGUCACUUUUGCAUUUCUUUAUGAUAAUACGAUGGCUUUCAUAUGAGCCGCAAUUUUGAGCUCAAAGUUAGAUGUACAUAUCAUCCAUCAUAUUCCGGUUAGGAGUUUGACAUUUUACGUCAGGGUUUUGAGUACUAUCCUCCUAUUAAUUAAGCUCGAAAUUAAAUUCCAUAAUAA